UUAAAGGCUUUUUAUAAUCAUGGCGGACACUCAGCUGGCACAAGGUGCGAAUGGAAAUGUCGAGGGCGCCGGCCAAGCCGAUGGGGCAGCGCAGCAAGCACCUGGAGGGAUAUGGUCCACAGUAAAGUCCUUGAUAGUGCGAAUGCUUAUCAUCUACAUGAUCAGUAGUUUCUUCAGAAGAGGGACACCCCCAGCUAACACAACAGAUGGCAAAGGUGGAAAAACCCCUUAUGCUGAGAAUAUAUAUCCUAAAGGCAUGAAAAUGGACAUGUAUAUUUACAUGACAGAACAGGAGGACUUUACUGAUUUUAAUGAGGAUGCAUUGUUCUGGGUACAAAGGGGGCUAGAGUAUGGAGACUGGAUGAGCGGACCGAACGGUGAUGGCUCUUAUAUCAAAGAGGGCAAAAUCCAAACACCCCUCAAUGUGAUGAACAAUGGAUCUAUAUACCUUCAUUGCUACUUUGUGAAAGCGGGUAAAUCUCCAAACCCCAGGGAUAAGGGGAAAUAUGCCAGGAAAUUCACAGUGCACAGGUCAAAACGUCUCAAUAAAUACAAGAAAAGAAGAUACCACAAAACAAGUAAUUUAUUGACGGGAGAGACUGAUGUACACCCAGAUCUAAUUCAGACAGCCAAUAGGAGUUCCUUUGAGAUUCUGAAUUAUUGGCAUCCUAACCUCACCAUUAAUCUGAUGGAUGACCACUCUCCCUGGAUGAAAAGUCAUGUGCCACAACCUUUAGAUGAAUACUUGGAGUUUCUGCCAGGCAUGGACCAGUAUCAGCCAAUACUAUACUUCAAUGAUUAUUGGAACUUAAAUACAGACUACAUGCCCAUCAAUCAAACAACACCAGAGUUGAACCUGACUUUGACCUACAGCCCUAUCUCCUUGUUUAAGUGGCAGAUGUAUGCUGCCCAGGGUAUGAGAAAUAAAUGGUAUGGAAUGCUUGGGGCAGACUUCAUGGAGGAGUCUGACGAAGACCAGGACAGCCUUAAGACUACAGUGAUGGAAACUAAUCCCUAUUUGUUGGCCUUGACUGUUAUUAUUUCUAUUGUCCACAGUGUCUUUGAAUUCCUUGCAUUCAAAAAUGACAUACAGUUCUGGAAGAACCGUAAAUCUUUGGAGGGUUUGUCUGUACGCUCUGUCUUCUUCAACGUCUUUCAAUCCUUGAUUGUGGUUCUCUAUGUUCUGGAUAAUGAAACCAACUUUAUGGUCAAAAUCAGUGUCUCCAUUGGACUCCUUAUUGAAAUCUGGAAGAUCACCAAAGUGGUCACUGUUAAGCUGGACAGAGAGAAUCCAUGGUUUGGGGUUAUACCUCGUCUGACUUAUGAAGACAAAUCUACCUAUACAGAAUCUAACACCAAAAAAUAUGAUAUGAUGGCGUUUAAGUACUUAUCCUGGUUGCUGUUCCCUUUGUUGAUUGGAUAUGCAGUAUACUCGUUGAUUUAUCUGGAACACAAGAGCUGGUACUCUUGGGUGCUUAAUAUGAUAUAUGGAUUCCUUUUAACAUUUGGUUUUAUAAUGAUGACACCUCAGCUGUUUAUUAAUUACAAGUUAAAGUCUGUUGCCCACCUUCCCUGGAGGAUGAUGACAUACAAAGCCCUGAACACCUUUAUAGAUGAUAUAUUUGCAUUUGUCAUCAAGAUGCCCACCCUUUACAGGAUAGGAUGUUUUAGAGAUGACGUCGUAUUUUUCAUCUUUCUUUACCAGCGAUGGAUCUAUCCUAUUGAUCCAACUCGCCUUAAUGAGUUUGGUACUAGUCAGGAAAUGUUUGACCAGAAUGGCAAGAUCAAAACUGACCAAUCAGAAAUAGGGUCCCAGCAAGCCAGCAUAGAGCAGUCAAAAGCAGAAGACUCAGAUAAUCAAACUGAAAAGUCAGCUAAGGACAAAAAGAAUGAUUGAUGGAGCGACAAAUUGUGUAUGCUUAUUUGUGAUGUUGUCAGAUCUCAUUAAUAACAUAUAUUAAUGAAUGUGGUAGUGAGUUACGUCGUUAGAGAUCUUUGAAAUUUACUCCAAUGUUUUUUGUCAAAAUCUGUGUUCAUUUGAAAGCUUGUCAGUUAGAUUACAUACAAUCAUGUUUUCCUUCGUUCCCAACAUCUGAUAAGUUGUGAAAAUGUGGUUGCUGCAGAAUUUUAUUGAACAAAGAAGUAUUGUGCUCCAUGAGUACUCCAAUAUUAAAUAAUCUGUCCUUUAUAAAUGUUUAUGACUGUGUCCAAAGCUAUGAUUUUAUUGUUCUUCCUGAAAACUCUGUUUUUAUUAACCCCUUCCUUGUUUUUUGAUUAUUAAUACAUGAAGAAUUUGCCAAAUAUUACCUAUAAAAUAACAUUUUAUUAACAGAUCAUACCCUAUUUUUGGUCUUAGUACGACUCCUUUUAUUGCUUAAUUACUUACACACCUGACUGCCAAAGUUACAUGUAAGACUUUUUUUGCGUAAGGUUAUUUAAUAUGCAGGAAACAUGAGGACUGUUUAAAGCAUACAUUGGUGGUCAAAUGCACUACUGAUGAAAAAACGUAUACAAAUAUCCACAUUGUUGCCAUAUCUCUUAAGCCAGAAAUCCUUCAGUAGUUUGAGAUUAUUAAUUUAUGACGUCAUUUGACUACAAAUAUUCACUCACUAAGUGAUUGUAACAUUCUUAUGUAGAAAUAUACAUAUUUAUUUUUAUUCAGUUUGCAGAUUUUUACAUGUAUGACUAUUGUAACCAGUUAUUAAAUAAAAUAUUUUGAUUUUUA